UUCCCUUUUAAGCGCCUGCUCCAGAGUGAACCUGCCAACCAGAGGAGUCAAGCAAUCAAUCGGCUUGAUUCGGUCUCUUCCUUCCUCCUCCUUCCGCCGCCGUCCGCCCGGCCGUCUCCAACCCUGCGCAGGAGGAUGAGUGAAGAGGAUUCACCGAGCGCCGCUGAGCAGGGGAGGCGCCCCACCCCGAAGCUCAAUGAGAGGAUCCUGUCAUCUCUGUCGAGGAGAUCCGUAGCCGCGCAUCCAUGGCAUGAUCUGGAGAUUGGCCCUGAGGCUCCCACUGUGUUCAAUGUUGUUGUUGAGAUCACAAAGGGAAGCAAAGUAAAAUAUGAGCUUGACAAGAAAACUGGGCUGAUUAAGGUUGAUCGAAUCCUAUACUCAUCAGUCGUAUAUCCACAUAACUAUGGUUUCGUUCCAAGGACUCUGUGUGAAGACAAUGACCCACUGGAUGUUUUGGUCUUGAUGCAGGAACCUGUUGUUCCUGGUUCCUUCCUCCGAGCUAGAGCAAUUGGCCUUAUGCCCAUGAUUGACCAGGGUGAAAAGGAUGACAAGAUUAUAGCAGUUUGUGCUGAUGAUCCUGAAUACCGUCACUACAAUGACAUCAGUGAGCUGUCUCCUCACCGCCUCCAGGAGAUCAAACGCUUCUUUGAGGACUACAAGAAAAACGAGAACAAGGAAGUUGCUGUUGACGCAUUCUUACCUGCGACCACUGCUAUCGAGGCCAUUCAGUAUUCCAUGGACCUGUAUGGGCAAUAUAUUUUGCAAAGCUUAAGGCAGUAGAGUCCCAGUGGUUGUGUCAUGGAAUCUUGUAUUAAUAGCAAGUGCGAACGAGUUUGAGACACUGUGACACAUAAUUGGACAACAAUGUGUACUCAUGAUUUGGAUAUACCGACUUUGUUGGGUUACUAUUUAUGAAUAAGUGAUGCUUUAUGAUUCGGAA